AUGGAGAGCCUGCAGCGGCAGCAGGCGGCCCGCCUGGCCCGCAGCCCCGACGGCGCGCCCCGACGGCCCCCGGCAGAGCCCGCUCCGGCCCCCGGCCCCGCUCCGCCGCCCCCCGCCGCCCCCCGCCGCCGCCCGGCCCCCGGCCCCGCUCCGCCGCCCUCCGCCAGCGGGCAGGAGGAGGAGGAGGAGGAGGAAGAGGAGGAGGAAGAGGAGGAGGAGGAAGGGGAGCCCCGAGACCCGCCGCCCCCCCCGCAUCACGAGUGGACCUACGAGGAGCAGUUCAAGCAGCUCUACGAACUGGAUGAGGACCCGAAACGCAAGGAGUUCCUGGACGACCUCUUCAGCUUCAUGCAGAAGAGAGGGACGCCCGUGAACCGCAUCCCCAUCAUGGCCAAGCAAGUGCUGGACCUCUACACGCUGUACCGGCUGGUGACGGACAAGGGCGGCCUGGUGGAAGUCAUCAACAAGAAGAUCUGGCGGGAGAUCACCAAGGGCCUCAACCUACCUACCUCCAUCACCAGCGCUGCCUUCACCCUCCGCACGCAAUACAUGAAGUACCUGUACCCCUACGAAUGCGAGAAGCGGGCGCUCAGCUCGCCCGGGGAGCUGCAGGCCGCCAUCGACAGCAACCGGCGGGAGGGACGGAGGCAGACUCUCGGCGCCGCGCUCUUCAACUACUCGCCCGCCGGCACCCCGACCCUGCUGGGCUCCCCCAAAAUGCCCCUGCCAGCCCUCAGCAUCUCCACGCACAGCUGCGGCCAGAUGGGCCAAGUGCACGGCGUGAAGAAAGAGGACGGCGCGGUGCCGGCGGUGCCCGGGCGUAUCGCCAUCCCGGUGGGGCUGGCCGGACACCACCUCGCGGCGGCCCAGGCAGCGGCAGCAGCGGCCUCGCAGGCGGCGGUGCUGGAGCAGCUGCGGGAGAAGCUGGAGACAGGGGAGCCCCCGGAGAAGAAGGUGGCCCUGACGGCGGAGGAGCAGCAGCGGCUGAUGCAGCAGGCUCUGCAGCACAACCUCCUGGCCGUGGCCUCCCAGUUCCCCAUGAACAUCAAGGUCUCCAACCGAGAUGACAGACAGGAGACCGCAUUGAACCUGUCCACCAACGGCAUUAGCAGUAUCAACAUGUCAAUAGAAAUAAAUGGAGUUGUCUACACAGGCGUCCUGUUUGCUCGCCGGCCCGCAGCUCCGCCGGCCCCCGGUGGAGGGAGCACCCAGAGCCGGCUGAACCCCACAGCCACCCCGAACCCGCUGCCGCCGGCCCCCUCGCACAGCCACACUCCUGCCAGCGCCGCACCGUAG